AAUGGCGCCUGGUCCGGGGUCAGAGGUCAGUGCGCGCGCCUCACGGCUGCUGUGGAGAACAAGGAGCAGCUCGGUGACAGUUUACCGGUUGAACACGGAUCUCCGUCCGGGGCUUUUUGUCUAAAACUUCCCCUCCGCGCACCACAGGAGCUGCGGCUGCGGCGCUGUGUCGUCGGUGAGCCCGCUGAUUGUUGUCGGGCGGUGUCGGUUAGCCCGGCUAGCCUCGUUAGCCGCGUUAGCUGGCUCAUGAAGAAGUACCUAGCUAACUAGCUUAACUUCAAGCUAGCUAACAGACAUUUCUCCCGGCCGCAAACACCCCCCCGCCCCCCCGCAGACAUGCAGGACUUACUGGCCAACGCGGAACACAUCAAGUUCGACCUGGAGCUCGCCAUGGACCAGCAGCUGGGGGCGCAGCCGCUGCCCUUCCCCGGCAUGGACAAAUCCGGAUCCGCCGUGUGCGAGUACUUCAUGCGAGCGGCUUGUGUGAAAGGUGGGAUGUGUCCUUUCCGUCACAUCAGUGGAGAGAAGACGGUGGUUUGUAAGCACUGGCUCCGAGGACUGUGUAAGAAGGGAGACCAGUGCGAGUUUCUCCAUGAAUACGACAUGACCAAGAUGCCUGAAUGCUACUUCUACUCCAAAUUUGGUGAGUGCAGCAACAAGGAAUGUCCGUUCCUGCACAUCGAUCCAGAGUCCAAGAUCAAGGACUGUCCCUGGUACGACCGAGGCUUCUGCAAACACGGUCCCGACUGCAGACACAGACACACAAGAAGAGUGAUCUGUAUGAAUUACCUGGUCGGUUUCUGUCCAGAAGGAAAAUCCUGUAAAUUUAUGCACCCUCGGUUUGAGCUGCCUAUGGGAGCCUCUGAACAGCCUCCUCUACCAUUACAAGCCCAGAACCAAGCAAAGCCAGUGCCUACCAUCGGCCGCUCGUCGCUCUCUCUAAUCCAGUUGACCCACUCCAGUCCAAGCCAGCGGCCGCAGAACAACAAUGUCAUGGGCGGUUUCCAGCAAAAUAACAUGACCGGCAACAGAGGGCCUCGUCCACUGGACCAGGUCACCUGCUACAAGUGUGGAGAGAAGGGCCAUUAUGCCAACAAAUGCACUAAAGGCCACCUCGCCUUCCUCAGUGGACAGUGACCUUCAGUCUUGAGGUCCUGACCCCACAGUGCUGCAGCCAGCGCUCCAGAUGUGAGCAGAGGAAGCUAAAGAUGAACUUUUUUUUGCCUCUUACAAACUCUGCCACUGAGGUGACACCUGUGGCUGGAUGACUUGGCUCGACUCUGAAGAAGUAGACGACGUGAAACCCAGGGACCAGUCUGCAGCGUGCAUCUCCAGAGGGACUGCGCUGACAUGUUGCCGAUCUUCGUCUCCUCAGGUCACGUGACUACAUCUGUGACGGCAGACCAAGUGCUACAACCUGCUAAUCCUUUCAGAAUCUGUUGACCUUAUAUAAAGAAAAGUUGUGAUAAAUACCAGCAGGAAUUUUUUUUACUCAAAACUACUGUGAUCCAUUGGAGCCCAAAAUAUAUUUGCCAGAAACAAUAUCACUGUCAAAUGUUACUUUCCAACUGUGACAUUUGUGGCUUUUUGCAAACAUUUAAAUCAUUGGUAGUUAAUUAUUUACUGUUAGAUCUCAACACAUUCAAAUUUCAACUGUGUGGUGUAAAGAACUCAGUCCUAAUUACGUUGAAAGGAUAAAUUUCACUUGUUUGGACGGAGUGAACAUUUUUACAACCUGUACAAUGUGUUAAAAUAAAUGUUCUUGUUACUGA